AUGGAAAGCGGCCUACCGACACCACCCAUCGAAAAGAAAAUGAAGAUGUCAAUAUCAACCACGGCGCCGCGGAGGAAUACAUCAUCUAGUACCAAGUCGGUCAAACCGAUACAUCGCGGGACGAAACGAUCUGCUAGUCACCUCACUCAUUCGCCUGUUCACGACCAUGCGCCUCUUUCACCACUUGGCAUGGACAGCAGGCAUAAGCGGGUAUGGAAGGCAUGUGAAAGGUGUAGAAUGAAGAAGACCAAGUGUGACGGAGAGUUCCCGUGUAAGAGGUGCAAGGACGACGGACUUGUAUGCACUGCCGGCACGCGGAAGAAGACCGAGUACAAGCAAUUGCCAAGAGGUUACGCCGAGGUCCUCGAGAACACUCAAUUCGCAUUAAUAGCCACCGUGCACAAGCUCUACUCGAUGGUCCGGAGCGGGCAACAAUGGGAUCUCGGCGAGCCGGGGCUCAACGACAAAGGUCAACCGGUGAUCCACGACAUCGCGACGAAGCUCGGCUGCAUGCGACCGAGCGCCGACGCCGACCUGCCACCGCACUCGGUGUUCCCCGAAGACGAAGCCGGGCUGGCCAAGCUCGCGGCCGAGCUGGAGGCGCAACAGAAGGAGAGAGAUGCGCUCGCGCCCGAACACAAGUCCGAGACGGAAUCAAGCUGCACGCGGACAGACCGCGCGAGCUCGUCGGAACUCGACCAUUCGGACUUCGAGCAGGACUACCGCAAGGCGAUGCUGAGCGACCGACAUCAGAACCUGCAGACGCUGUCGCCGCAGAGCUUCACGUCGUCGUACCACGAGUUCGAGCCGAGCCCAACCAUGCAGACCGACGUCGACCCCUCGAGAGGCCUGUUUGCCGUGCAGUCGCCCUCGGCGCCGACCGCCUUUCCGACGUGGAAUAUGAACAGGCCUGCCGCGAUGGAUAAUCUGCCCGCGUCGUACAUGUUGCAGAUGGAUAUCAACAUGGCCGAGAUCAUGCUCAGCCAGGGCCUGGUCGAGUCCGAGUUUGGCACCAUCAAGCCGCACAUGAUCAACGUCCCGAAUCCCGAGGUCAUGCUCGGCGUCGGUGAUCCGAUGAUCUAUUCCGGCUACCCCAACAUGGAAUCAUUACGGUCAUAG